GCAAUCUAAGGCGGGUUGUUUGUGUGGACAUUCGCGAAUGACGUGAAUUAUGUGGAGGUUUGAGCUUUAUGCUAAACUUUUUCAACUGAAAUUAAGCAAUUAUGAUAAGCAUCCAUGGGAACACGGAGUUGAGCAACGGAUCUUGCAGUUGCUAUCACCUCAUAGUUCACGUUGGACAAAAUGUGUUUAUCCUCAGUUUGCCUUUUGGUUCACUGAAAACAAUCUGUUCUUACAAGAUCUGAGCACGUGUAUUCGUCCUGUCAUAUGACGACAUCUGUUAUUAUUUCUCUGGGAUAAAAGGUACAGGACACGUCUUCCGGCGGCAGUUUCUGAAAGUCGAAAAACCUGGUUGUCACGUUCUUUUUGUUCGCCCUUGAGUUUCGAGACAGCUAAUUAUGGCCUUUGAGUUGAUCUAAUAUAAUUGGUCAAGAUUCAUUUCUUAGUAUCUUGUACAUAAUUAGAUCUACUAUUAGUCAUAAAAUACGGCUAAGUACUGAGUACGCAAUGUUUUAUUACUUAUCUGAUACUUAGAAAUAGGGAGGUAUGUGUUUGUGAGUUAGGGUCCUGAGCUGAAACAGAGGAAGUCAACUGAUGACGCUGAUUGUAGUACUUCAAGAUCUUUUCGUUCCUAAUUAUACCUCCUAAAUCAUUAUUAGACAUUACUAGGUUCAGACCAAAAACUUUUAUACGUUUUGAUAGCCAGUUAUUGUCACUGGCCCUCAAACUUACAGUAUGGCUCAUAUCCAAGUAUCUGGUGCGUGAGUUAAUUAGUUUCAUUUUGUUAGCAUCCCCUCACCAUUCCAAUGUGGGAUUUAGUAACUUGGAUCAACACACAUACCUGUCGUGUUUAUGUUGUUAUGACCAACUACCUGAUUAGCGUAUAUUUGAAAAAUAAUGAGUAGCUUUAUUCGGUCAAUUAUAUUUUUACGAUUUGAUAACCGUCCUAAAAUUAAGUAAACAGCGUCAACUCUAUACGAAUAAAGUAAUUAUAAUAGGACAUAAUUGUCCAAUUUUAGACAACGAAAUAAAUUCAUUGUUUCGUUGAAGAAAUUACUGCAGUUCGGUGAAAAAACUUUCUGACGAUUUUAUUUGCUAGAUUGCUACAAUUGUAUAGUAUAUGUAAGUAUGUAGUGGGAUGAAAGUAUUACAUCAUUGAAGAUAUGGUUUAAUGUUUUGUCAGGUUUCGAAAAAGCUACAUGAUAAAUUAAAGUGAAAAUAAUUUACAGAUGGAAAGUGAUUGUCAACUUGAAGAUCAAAAAAUGUAGGUAUACGGUAGUUUGGUGUCGUAAAUUAUAUGGACGUAUGAUUUAUAGAAACGAAGUCACGUAACGUUCUAACUGCUAAUGAGGAAUGUCAAGUUGAAAAUAUGUUAUAUAAGACAUAAUUAUUUAUUUACUAGGUAUAAAAAACAGAAUAAUUACGAAAUUGUAGUACUAGCUGAUUGGUAAUUUUGAAAAAGUGAAGGAGUUAAAAAAAGGACUAUUGAGCAUGCGAGAGAGAGUUACGACAUGUUUCUCUCGUACACAGAGACUAGCUUGGAAUCUGAGUUGUUAAGGCCUCUUCAGCACAUAAGUUUCUAAUCUGUAUUUCUUAUGACUCACCUUUAUGUUCGUUAUUUCGCUAAUUUAUAUUUUACCAAGUAUAUUCGAUGGUUAACUCAUUCUAUUACCAUUAGUACUGUUACUGUCUCUAUUACUCUGGGAUUCGUCUUGAAAAUUUCAUCUUGCUUCGCUUUUAGGGUAUGGAAACGUGAGCUGGUGUACAAAUGUAGCAGGCUCAACGUUGCGUUUUAGGUAUUGACUGCGGGUGAAUGUGAAGUAUUCUGGUGGAGCAACGUGGCUAAUUUAUUUUUUAUUUUUAUUUCAACACAUAAAUAUUGGUACAAGAGGGUACCAAAUAUAUAUGCGCCACACCAUAUUUGUGUGUGUGUGGGCUGUGAUACUGCCCGGGUGCCCAGACCGAAACAGGUGGUUUUCUUAGGGGACCACACCCCGAGCCUUUGACCUAAAGGUCUGGCCCACAAGGCAGUGGAGCAUCGUGAGGAGAUGCAUUCCCAUGGUAACCGGUGACCAACGAUUGGUUCAUACUCCAUUUGUUCCCUCAGGAUACUGGAGCCCAUGUGCACCAUUGGUUUGGGAUCCGGUUAAAGCGCCGGGCAUUCGCUUUUCGUCCUCCCGGUCACGAGAAGGCAGUGAGUAGGACUUCCCUGGCAGAGGCUGUAUACGCGUGACCGUGUGAGAGCAUUUUGAGAGGGAGGGAGGGCCCACCCCACUCUAGGCCAUACCAGGGCAUUUGGGGGCUACGUGGCUAAUGGUUGUGAAAUUAAACUAUUUACCAACUUAAUCGGUGCUCCUGGUAACUAAACGGGGUAAUGCUCAGAGAUAGGUUCCAAGAGAGCUAGUCUUGUGCGCCCGAUAUAACCUGGUCCAUAAGAUGUUGAUUUAUAAAUAUACAAAGCUGUGGCCCAAAGUGGAAGCUUGUAAUUCACACAUCCACUAGUCAAUGCGCGACUGUAGGAGAGAAUGCAAUGCUCAUUAGAAUAAAAUAUUUUUCCUCAGAGAUCUCGAAAGUCAGUUUUUCAGGAUCUCUGCCUCUGUAUCUCUUUUAAAUUGGAUGUCUAUGGAAAAAAUCUAUAACUCUAGAUAGUUUUUCACGCUACUGUAUCAUCCUACUAUUUCUGUUAACCAGUAUAUGUGGAUGGCGAUUGUUGAUGGGUAUCUGUCGUACUUGAUCUAGUUCAAUGUCAGUUUUAUCAUCAGUUUAAAUUCUUUUGGCUCUAGCUAAUAGAAAGUGAAUUAAGUUUAUCUUCUGUUCCAAGGAGCCCAAUAUUGGAAUUUGUGUACUCGUCGUUCUAAGUUGGAUUCUGUAUAUUGAUCUUCAAAGCAACCCAUCCGACCCUCGAUUUAGUAAAAUAUCUUAGAAAUGAAACCCCUGAGUCUGACUCUGGUUUUACUGUAAACGUGAAUAUUGGUGACAACUAUUCAACUUUCAAAGGAUGUCUUUGGGUUCGUUAUUUUCGUUUCGGAUUGUGAAAAAAACCAUUGAAAUUUCUUUUGUAUGAAUAAAAACUGUCGUUCAUGGUUUUAAUUACAAUGUUGUAUAAAUUAGCAGUAAAAAAAUCAGCUUGAAGUGGGUCGAGUGGUGAACAGAUUUCUAUUUUAAUGGUUUGUCUAUAAAACGCAUAACUCAAUUUAAACUGAGCAUUAAAAGUAAAUUGCAGAAUUAAUUUCUUUAGAUAUUAUUUCGGAACACUGAUAUCGAGGUUUUUGUUUUCAUCAUAGUCUCAUGACAGACAGCUUGUAUCUGAAUGAGGUGCAUUUGUUAAGUGAGAAGUAACGUUCAAUGAGUAAAUUUUCUGCCCGGUUACACUGACGUCAGCUAUUGAAUCGAUGAAACCAAAUGAAUCAACAGUAGUGUGUCUGUUAAGUUAAUUUCUGACUGUCAGAUUUCAGUUAACCGUUUUGUGAUAUAGUCUAGGAGGUCCAGUGGAACAAUACCAACACACUUCUAUGUUUAAUUCAACGCUAAAUCUUUAUUCCUCGGAAGAUCAAAUAAUUGGAAUUCACUUUCUCUCGAAACUAGAUGUUUAGUUUUCGGAUUUGUAAUAUUGAACACAGCGGCUUGCAAGGUUAGGGAGUUAUUUAUAGUCAUUGUUAGAGUCUGGGAUAAAUUCGCUUGUCUAAUGAGUUAGAUUUCCAAAUCGGGUUUUCGUGUUGAGUCCUUCGAUUGCUGUGGAGGUAUCACAGUUUUUUGGACCUAAUACUUGUAACUGUAAGUUCAUCAUUCUACAUAGUAUAUAUGACGUAGGAAUGUAAGUGAUAUCUGUCUUGGAGAUAGAUGAAACAUGUCCUCUUGUGUGAAUUAAGACCCUUUUGACUGUUGAGUGUUGUUACUAAUGUUCUGUUCAUGACGUAAAAUACUUUUAUGUAAGGAAUAUUGGCGGUAUCCAAAUCCAUAGAUCAGGGUAGAUGAAAGAGGUUUGAUCCACUAUUCGUCGAAUCCUUAAAAGAGUGAAUAUCCUUACUCUUACCACUGGAGUGAUGAUACAAAUAUAUUUUACAUUGAUAUUUAGUACUAUUGGUUUUGCUACAUUAGGUUCCUUUCAUUUCAGUCCGUCAGGGCGUGCAUGACUUAUUAGUUUUCUUGAUCAAAAUAUUGUUGAAAAAUAACAUUUUUCCGUAUUCGCUCUAGGGGAUUGAUCGCCAUUCGACUCGUGAUGGGAAAACACGUUCAGGUCUUAUUGAUGUGGACGUAAUACGAGGUUCUGUUUUCGCCAAGGCUAAAACCGGGCAUGGUUGGAUGGCAGCUGUGCGUUGGGGCUUAUUGCGCGUAGCAUUCGCUCCUUUUUACUGGAACUACUGGCGCAGUCAUACAUCCUUUCGUGUUGCUGCUUAUAUCAUGGUUCACUUUUUUCUACAGUUUUUACAAGUAGUAUUUUUCCUUCUGACAGACCCGCGGACUAGUAACAGCUCUCAGGAUGAUUUACUUCUUCCUUGCUUAUUGGCUAUUUGUCUGGGUAUUCUUCAUGCACAUAUUACUGCUCCACAUGGGAAAACUGGUUUAUAUUCGUCUUUUAUGGAUAACCCAAUGACCAAUCAAUCUUUCAAAGAUAUCGGUGACCAUGGCUUGAAUUCAAAUUGUUGUCAAUACAAUCCGGACAAUUUAGUAAAUAAUAAAUUUAGUAGUGUACAGACUGUUAUAAAUAGACAUAGUGAGUAUGACCAUUCAUCUUGGUUUCCUGUACAGUCAACUAUUUCAGAGCAUCACAAAUUUUCAGCCAAUAUUUACUCAGCGAAUCAUCAGUCAAAAAACGUAACAAAUCCCAACAAAGAACAUAUAAUCAAUACUUCAGAACAAUGUGGACAUUCAGGUAGUGGUUGUUUCGAAUGUUGCAAAACCUCUCAGUUAAUGGACAGAAAUUACGCUAAAGCACAACGAAAUAUACACUGGAGACCAUGUGAGAUGAAACCGAAAAAAGCAUUAACUUCGUUCUAUAAGUUUUUAAAAACUCACCUCGACACUGAUUAUCAAGAUGACUGUUCUGAUAUGUACGGUCCAGGUGAUGAUACCCAACAUGAAUUAAAUGUCUCGGAUGUUACUCAUGGAACAGAUGGUCCACAGACUCCAUGUACAUUAGAUGAAGAAUGUGGACGAACUACACUUCUUCAUAAUUCGCAGGUAUUAGAGCAUAGGUCGAGAGUAGUUCGAAGACGCAGACGUCACAAUAGUUACAAUCCAAAGCCUGGUAACUCAAGUCGUGGACACGAUGCAGAUGUAGAAGAGAGCGAAGGUGAACUUAUAACUGUCCCAUCUAGAAAAGAUGUUGGGGAGAUUGGUUUCAGUGAUCAAAUUGUGGAUGACUUGAAUCCUGAAUUCAUUCAACAGUUACGACUAAAAGGAGGUGUUGGUUCAGAUAACCAUUUUGGGUCUUCUAAUUCAGAUAUAAAUCCAGAUUCCACAGUUCUACGUACGAUAAAACGAGUAUCUGAAUCUCCAUUCAAAUCUUCAAAUUUACAUACGUCUGCCAAAUUACCAAAUACUCUGGGUGAUUUUUCAGCCAAUACUGAGUCUUCAAAUAAUGUAGGUGUUUCGAAAACACAAUCUAUCAGUGAUUCUCCUAUCCCACUGAAGAUCGAUCAAUUCUCUGAACUUGAAUGUCUUCCACCUCAUCUGUCUCAUAUUUCUUCUUUAAGUAGUUCUUUUGAUUCUUUCAUUGGAUCUAGUCGCCGUUCAUUAAAACGUUCAUUGUCGAUGAGCUUUCCAGUGCAUAGUAAAAGUACUACGACUAAUAUGUUUCUAAAUAAUAAUCUAAUGUUGAAAAAAUCAUUCUCUGAUGGGUUAUUAAAUUGUUCAAUGAACUUUGAUUCGUCACAGUGUCAUCUAUCCGAUAAUGAAUUACUUGACGCAUUGAAGUCACCGUUUCAACAAAAGAGAGACUUUCUAUCCAACUACAAUAAUACGAAGGGUCAGGUUAGAGAAGUUUUAAAGUUAUGUUCAAAUCGACGAAAUCGUUUGAGCAGUGAAAAUAUUUCAUAUCGUAAAAUAUCAUUAUCAUCGCAUUCUUCGGGAGCUGCAGAGUCGUCCACUAAUUCUGCUCAAUCUUUCAGUUCUGUGAGAAAGUUUCCAAAAGGAAAUGGUCGCAUUUUUGGUAGAUUUUCAUGAUUUCUCCUUAAUAACCUUUUAAAAAACAUUAUACAACCUGAAAAGUGGGGUUGUUAAGUGUUAUCUCUAGUUUUAUAGUUCCAUUCCGAAAAGAGCUUAUUCACUGUUUUUGAUUUUACACUUUCAUUAUCAGAAAUAUCGAAGUAAUGAGUUACGCAAUGUUAUAUUCAUAUUCAUUGCAAUAAAGCUACAAUGUAGAAUUUGUGUAUUUACAAUUAAGAUUGGUUUGUGUUGUUUGUAUGCUAUGAUAUUUACGAAUUAUUACUCAGUAUUCUGUACGAUCGUCUCUUAACCACUGGGUCACGAGCUAAAAUCUACUGUUUACUACAUGUAGGUAAAGUUUUAGUGGUAUCAAUGGCUUUCACAAACAUACAUUGAUAGCAUGUUGCAUAUUUAAUUGCUUUCUACGAACAUUUGAUUUAAAAUUAUCAAUGUCAGUCAACAUAUCAAAGUUACCGAUUAUAAUUUGUUUAUUCGUUUUAUUAAUGUUUAGUAUAUAGUAUUUCGAAUGUUAUAUUCACAUGAUUACCUAACUGUAGAGAUUAUUAUUAUUAUUAUCCUCACCAUCGUAAACAUGUGUGCUAGGAAUCCCAAAAUUUUUGAAAGUAAAAGCCAUAAAUGUGUACCUCUAUUGUUUAUUGUUUAAUUUUAUGUUGAUCAAGAUGAGUAAUGUGCUCUUUGCUGAUAAUAAUAAUUCUAUGUUGUCUUAGAACAUUUUAUUUAAUAAUCUCAGUUGGAUACUUUGCUAAAGUAGUUCCAACUGAGUUGUAGAUAAUGAGUGUUUUAUGCUGAGCAGAACUGUAUUUGAGACUUCGUUACAUCAUAUUUUUACAUGUAUAUUUCUCUACUAAGCCCGUACAUUUUUUUCAAUUUACUACACCACAUUAACAUAGCGAAAUGCAAAAGUAUAAUAAGCACUAACAAUAUAAGUUGUAGUAGGAAAGAUUAGUAUCAACAAUAUAAUUCGUGAAGGAAAUAUACAUUCGUGGAAUCGAAAAAGAAUAUAAGAUGGUUUCGAAACUUAGGUACUAAGGAAAGACAAAAAUUGGAUGCACCUAGGUCAUCGAUAACGAAUAUAUAUAUAUAUAUAUAUAUAUAUAUCCUGAUUAUUAUUAUUAUUCAGUUAUUUAAUCCAGGUUGAUUGAAUAUUCUUACUGACUGUACCACUUUCUAAUUCUGUAUUGUGAUUUUCAGAAUUGGAAUCCGUACAUGAUGUUGGUGCAGAAUUGACAGCCGAUCCAAAAUGUGGUCGGUCUAGUGUUGACAAACAUUUGGACAGGAAGAUAUAUUCUAGUUACACUGAUAUAUUUAAAUCUCAACUGAUUGAAGACAUGAAACCUACUGUUCAACCACUUGAGUUAUCUAAAGAAUCCCAAAAGUUGAAUGAACUGAACGAAAAACGUGACUUACUACAAGAUAAUUAUGGUCAUUCGGAAUUUAAGAACAAGUCUUAUGAAUGUAUUAAUAAAGAUGACACCAUUACCGUGUUUAAUCGACAACGUGCUAAAUAUUUACGCUUGUUUUUACAACGUGCCUUUCACCUACAACAUCCACGUGUUGUUAUAAAUUCGAAUCACACUGAUACAGAUAUGCUUGAGCCAGAUUCUGUUGUAUUAAAUAGUAAAUGGUCAAAUGAAAAUCCGAAAUAUUCAGGUAAAUAUGUCCAUUCAUCUAAAAAUCCUGAUAUUAAUUUUAAACCAUCUAAUCAACGUAUAUCGUCGUUGAAUCCCACAAACAAAAGUUGUUUAAAAUCAACUCCACCGAAAAUAUUUUACAAUUGGUCUGAGGCAAAUUCUUUGUCUGGAAAUAUUAAUGAUCGUUCACAAACGACACCAACAACGGAUGUUACAAAUUCACAAGAUGCGGUUACUCAUUCUUCUAAACGACACAUGAAACAGUACAUUGGUCCUGUCAACGGUUUUGUCCGUAAUGUGUAUUCGCAUUCACAUUAUUCUUCAAAAAAUGAAUCACAAGAUACAAAUAUGAAUGGUCGAGGUCAAACAGCUUCGGAAACUGAAUACUUUGAUCGGAUUAAUAGCGAUUUGGGGAGUGAUGCUGAUUCUUCAUCUUGUCCAGAUGAAGUAGAGUCCCCAUCUCAACCUCGUGAAAAUGAACUACGAAACUGGCAACACUCAAAUUCCGUGCUAGAUGUGAAUCCAGACGCAGCUGAGAAAUUUCACACAGUUAAUAAAAAACAAGUAUCAGGCCGAUCUGAUUAUCAUUCUUGCAUUAGUGAGCAUUAUUGUCCAGAAUGUUCUUCACAUCUUAAUGUUUUUCUAUCACCAACCACUGAUUCGGGACAAAUGAAUAGUUUCGACGAUCUCAAAAGUGUCGUGAAUAAUCAAAAGCCUACUGAAUCUCAUGAAUUGUAUGAAUCACUACAAUCUGUAAAUGCCAAUGGGAAAAAUGAAUCUUUAUCGAAUGUUUAUGAAGAAAUUCUACAUUCAACAGACUUUGAAGUAAAGGAAAAACUGCUAGAUAACCAAAUGACCAAGAAAAAUCUUAGUAAUAUUCAAAUUAAUUCUCAUUUAAAAAGAGAUUCAAAUGGUCAUGAGAAUUCAUUACCUUCAAAAGUUGAUACUGUUCGUUGUUAUAUGUGGGCCGGACAGAAACUGUCGAAAUUCAAUUUAUCCAUGUUAGAUAUUGGGAAGAAUGUGAUAUAUGCUGUUGAAAGACAAAGUAUUUCAUCAGAUUACAUUAUAUUCGCUUGUGUUGCAACAUUUGCACUACCACUCAUAUCUGUUAUAUUUCAUUCAACUAAUUCAUCAAAUAUACUGGAUAAUAAUAAUCAUAAUAACAGCAAUGAUAAUAGUAAUCAAUAUCAAUCAUUAUUUAUAACAACAAAAGGUACACUGUUAUUUUUUGGCAAUAAUUCAAUGAAUCGAACAUUCAAUACUAACAAUGCUGUUUUUGGAGACACUGUUAUUGGGUUAUAUUUACAUGCUAUAUUAAGUUUAUUUGGUCAUUUAUUUUCGACCGUUGCUGUAAAAAUUCAUAAUACAUUGAUUGAUACGAAUUUACAAACUUCUUGUUGUUCGCAACCUUAUUGUAUCGUAUUUUGGAAUAUUGUGACUGGUCAAUUUUUAAUGGAUUGGUUUUCAAAACCAGAUGUACAAGGGCGUUUGGUUAUUUUGAUUGGAUGUAUAUUACGCUUCAAUGUUUAUGGCACUGUAUUCUUUCUUCUAUGUAUUGCUGAGCGUACAUUUCAAGAGCGUUUGCUUUACGCCAAAUAUUUCUUUUCUUUAACAUCCGGCCGUCGUGCUUUAAAAUAUCGUGUACCGCAAUUUCGUUUAAAUAAAGUUGGUCAUAUAAAAUGCUGGUUAAUGCUUCGGUCGUAUCUGAAAAAACGUGGUCCACAACGCUCAGUUGAGCAUAUUAUGACGAUUGCAUUUUAUAUCGUUUUCACCCUUGGUCUUAGUUUAUGCGCUCAACUUCUUUCAAAAAGCCGUAUGAGUGUUUUCACUCAUUUAACUAAUUGGGAUAUUCUGGGUCUUUCUUUUGGGAUUAUUGUAUUUCUCUAUCGAUACAUUUUACUUGGUACAAAAAUUACAAAGAAAUACCGUAACUUCUCAGUACUUAUCACUGAACAAAUUAAUUUAUAUUUAAGUAUGGAGAGUAAACCACAUAAAAAAGAAGAUUUAAUGCUAACAUUUCAAGUUCUACGUUUAGUUGAAGGUCUACUAAAAGAAGUUGAUGGUCCAUUUCGUGUUUGUGGUUGGACAUUGAAUCCAUUAGUGUAUAAUAUAUUUAAAUUAGUUUUACUUUCUUGUGUAUCCACUUUACUAUCUGAGUCAUUGGGCUUUAAAUUAAAAUUAUACAAAUUAAAAUUAAAUCCAUCCAAUUGGUAGAACGAUUAGAUGAAAACAUUGACGAAAAAACUAAUGAAAGAAAAAAAAACAAACCUAGAGCCAUGAACAAGAAAAGUAACAUAACUAUUUAUCCAAUAACUAUUCCUUUGUCUAGUUCUUUUUCCCAAUUUUUCUUGUAAUUAAUUUAGAAAUAAUAGUCACCUCACUUAUUGUUCAUAUUAUGUUAGUCUCAAUCACAGUAAAUUGUCAAUUUCACUUUCAUUCAAAUAGAAAUUCAUAUAAACUAUUGUGUUUGUGUUUAUUUAUUUAUUCUCAUACAAAAAAAAGUAAGAAUCAUUAAGAAAAUAUGUACUAUUCACUUUCUUGUUAAAUGAUUUAAUUAAUUUGUUACUAAAUCAAUAUAAUUUAUCAGUAUCAAUGUAAUCAUAUAAACAAAUACCAAUUUUGAUUUCUUUGUCCUACAAAAUGAUAAAUAAAACUGUGAAUUCGUUUAUUUUCAUUGUAGUGCUAAUUCUACUUUUCUUUUUAUUUAUUAUAUUAGUAGUAUACAUGAACUUUUUGUGGUUUGUUGAUCGAAUCAAUGCAAGCCUAAAAUUAUACGCAUUUGUUGUUACCACUGUAUUACAACUAAGGUUAUUUAUUCAUUAGAAAGUUUUUUUGGCUAUUAUUGUUUCAGUGUGUGUAUGUAUGUGCAUUUCAUGGUCGCAACUAAAAGUCAAUAUAUUACACGAUAUAUAUAUAUCAUAUUGUAUGCUUCAUGAAAAUAAACUUGAGAAGAAAAUCUUUGUUGCUAUUUUCCCUCAUAUUUUGUAUGAUUGAAUAAAAAAAUAAUAACUAUGGAUUUGCCUUAAUGAUUCCCUUUAUUUUCUGUAACUAUGUGUUCAUAGUGUAGAAAAAUGUAAUAGAUUCAUGUUAAUUGUGUAAUUUUUUUUCUCAGCCUUAACUGUUAUGAUUUAUUGUGCAUAUACUGGAAAUAAAAGAUCAUUGUUUUAAAUUGUGAAUUAUUUUAUUCAAAGUAUUUUGUAGAAUUUGUUUUUCCAAUCGUUUUUUAAAAAUAAAUUGAAUACAUUCUGAUUUGAGUAGUGCUAUACGGAAACGAUGAAAUUAAAGCUAUGCAAAACGUCAAUGAGCAUCCUGUAUAUGUGCUACUAUUCAGUGAAAUGUGAUGCUGCAAAUUUUUAAAAAAAUCUUAUAUUCAUUUAACAGAUUAUUAAAUGAGUGUAUAUUGUCGUUUCUCUUGUUCGUUACUUUUUUUUGUAAACUAUCCUAUUUCUUGUCUUUGUUUUUGUAACCAAGUCAUAAUUCAUUAAAAAUACUGUCAUUAUCAAUGUUAGUAUCAUUAUUGAGCGAUAUUACUUUUAAAUGCCAGUAGCUUUUAUUACGUAUAAAACUUGCAGUAUUAAAAAAAAGCAUAACAACCAAGAUUUACAUUAUAUAUUACAAUAGUGCAUAUAUUACUGUUUCGUUCCAUUUUUAAUAGUUCAUUUUGUUUGCAUAACAAAGUAUUACAUCUCAAUUUCAAUAGUAUUGAUGAUCAUGAUAAUUUUCUCUUCUUUCUUCAUUAUUUUCUUUGUUGUUUCAUUUCGGUUGUGUGUAUUUUGAAUAAUAUAUGCUUUGCAAGUUAUUCCAUUAAUUUUUCUGUUAAUGAACAAUAAACUAACGCUUU